AUUUUAUCAGGUUGAUUUUGGCGACACUGGCGUAUUACCGGAAGCUAUAAAAAAGACAUCUGUUUUGCCUUCUCAGAAGAAAAUGGCGUUCGGAGAUUAUCCAGCAGAGUAUAAUCCCAAAAUACAUGGGCCAUAUGACCCAGCCCGUUAUUAUGGACCUCCUGAUACACCUUUUGGUCAGUUGAAGUUGACUGAGGUAGGGGCAUGGUUUGGACGUCGAAAUAAAAAUCCAAGGGCUCUUGUUGGUGCUGUCAGUCGAGCCUGGUGGCGAUGGCAACACAAGUAUGUUCAGCCAAAGCGUUCAGGAAUAGCUCCAUUUUUCCAAGUUGUGACUGGUGCAAUGUUGUUCUUCUAUGUAAUUAACUAUGGAAAACUGAAGCAUCACAGAAACUACAAAUACCACUGGUGAACAGCUUCAAGUUUUUAGUUGUAGUUGAGCUAGACUGAUUAUGUUAAUAGAACAUUGUUUUGUUUGGAGCAACUUCUGUUUCUUGUAAUAAUGAAUUGCAAUUAGAAAUUAAUAAAUCAUUAUAGGUACUUGUGAAA